AUGGAGUCAGGAUUCUAUCCAGCUACAAUUAUAUCUUCAUCUAACUCGAUGGUCUAGACACAUGUUUGAGUAUGUCUAACUACCUCCAACCUCGGCGUUUGAUUUUAUCUGUAGUAGAGACAAUUUUAAGAAUCAAGGCAUGGUUUCUGUUCAUGCGGUGAAUAACUAUUGCUAUGAGGCGUGUAAGUGGAUGUUGACUACAUGAUUUGGUUCCACGUAAUAACCACAUCCAGUGAUUGCGGGUGUUAGAUGACAUAGUUCGGUCAUAGUGGCCCAGGCACACUUAAUCUUCAACCCGCUCCAACUUCUUGAACCUUAUUAUUGUCUCUCACGUAUUAUUCUUCAAAUUCAUGCUUUCUUCUUGAAUCAUGUUCUUCAAUGUUUAAUUUAUCCCUUUAUCAUUGAUAACACUAUUUCAACGAUUUUGCAUCAUUGCUAAUUUCAUUUUGUCUUAGUGAUAUGAUAUGGCAACUUGAGUUAAGGGAUGUUUGUGCCAGGCUUUGUGACUGAUUAACUGGUUGUGGUUUCGAUGUACUUGAAUCAAACAAAUAUGGGCAUAUACAUAAAGUUUAUAAAAUGAUUAUUUUUGUGAAUUGUACACUGUUCUAUGCAAGAAUAUCUUCAUGGUAUAAUAUAUAUUAUAUAUGGGUUAUCCGCACAUUAUUUUGAUUAUUCGUUUGGUCCGGUGUUAGCUGUAAAUCUAAUCACUGGUUAAUAGCAAACUAUUUUAAGCUGAAAUUCUUUUCGUUCUGGAAAGCAAAUCUCGAUCGUAGGUUCAUUGUAUUUCGCAUUUUUUUCGCUCACUAUUUUAAUUAUCACCUACUUUUUCAUGUUUCCCAUUAUUAGGUCAGUGGCAAUGUAGUGGUAUAAUUAGGGGUUCUAGACGUGAUAUUCAUGGGCUAGCCUUCAUCCCAGGUCAUCAUCAUGAUCCUAGCGCAGAAUCUUCCUUUUCAGAUGUCCGUUUUGAACCUCAUCGUCUUCUUGCUGUGGGACAAGAUGCAUGUCUACAAGUAAUGCCAUGUGAAUCAAUCGAAACGGGUGUUGGUGUCCUUGCUUUGGCUGAAAAGACUUUGGCUGUCAACGUUGGAAGACCUCGAGAUGAGCAGAAAGCAGAUAAUGGAUAUGUCGCUGCUCUCCCAUUUUGGCCUGCUUCUGUUGCACCCUCGCGUCCAUCACCAGGAUGCUUUGUAACUUUGCCUAUAGGAUUAGUGCAUGGUACUUUUGGUGGUCAGGCUGGUGCAUCUCGUCAUUUAUGUCUUCUGCACUACCCAGACAAACUUUGUUUAGUACGUCUUGGUCAACCACUCACAUCUGGUCGUAAGAAAGUUUUUGAAAAGUUUUAUUCUAUGAAUCUUGGACCACUUCAGGUAGUAGAAAUCCAUCCAUCUAAGGGUAUGGAAUUUAUUAAAUCUAGUUUAUCUCCUUGUGGAUCUUUCAUUGUCUACAGCGACUUCAAACGAACUCGACUGCUGAAAUUAGAUGUGGCAUUUAAGAAUAAAGGAAGAAGUUUCUGUUUGUCAAAAGCAAAAGUGAAACCAGUUGAAUGGGGUAGUAGUUCACAUGAUUCAAUUUGUAGUUCUACAAAAUCUCGUAAUAAGCGAAUACGUUUGGAUAGUUGGAGCAAAUCGUCUUCAAAUACAUCAUCUUCAGAGACAGAAACAGACACAGAAGAAAUUCUACAAGACUCGGAUAUCCUGCAAUAUUUCACCAUGGAUAAAUCAUUCCAGUCAUCUGGUGGGCAGGGUCAACGUAGGUUGUCUACUGAGGAUUUGUGUGAUUUGCCUGGCUCAGAGCAGAAGAAAUUAAAUACGACAACUAUUCCACCUUCGUGUUUGAUGGCUUUUACUCCCAAAUCAGAACACCUGUUAUUGGUAACCCAAAAGCGUGGAAAAUUUAUUUGUAUAUCUGUAGAGAAUGGCAGUAUUUUGUGGGAUCGAAACAUCGGCGAAGAUGAUGAGUUACAUGUUCGAGCCCACAUAAUGUCUGUCUCAAAUAUUCUUACCGAUUGUGGUUACUUAAUUGGACUUGGCUGUUCUGAUGCACGUGUACGCUUAUAUGAUUCGCCAACUGGUUCUAUCCUGUUCACGUGUUCCUGUAUUGAUUCAGUCAGUGGUCAUUCACCUUUACCGGUAUCAAUCGCAUUCCCAAGUAUUAUCAGCGAACAAUCUGCCGAAUCACCAGUAACUACAUUACCCAAACAUCGUGUCUCAGUAUUGUACACAAAUGGUCAAUUAAGAGAGUGGAAGAUAACUAUAAAACAGUCAAAUAAUGUAAAUAAUUCUGAUGAGUCGGAUCAUACUACAAGUCCUACAGUCCCAACAAAAAGUAUAAUUGGUGUUGGACUAAACAAGUGGCUCGUUAAAUUUUGGCGUACUAUGGGUGAGGAAAUUUCACGGAGUCUAGGAGUAUUUCAUAGUGUAGAUUAUAUUGAACCCAAUAAAUGGCUGUUAGCUUCAAAUCGAUUUUUAGUUGUUUUGGUUUCUCAUAAGAAUUAUGAACUUGGGAUGAUCAAGAAGAUCCUUACUUACAAGAGGACUGCUGAUGACGACUACUGUUUGUAUAUUUGCGAAAAUGUCAAAGUAGGUUCCAUUUUUUGUCUUUGAAUAUGCUUCAUUUGGUUUUGUAAAGUUUUAAAUCAGAUGUUUUAAUGACAAAUAGUUCGUGACAUUAUUCCAUGCAAUUAAGUCUGCUGUUCACUGACUUUCUGUAUAGUUUUAAACACUAAACUAGUCUACUGACCACUGGUGUAUUGUUGUUCUUCAGUAUACGUCUUGGGAGUAGAAGCGUCCCAAAUAUUCACAUUUUGGCUGGUAACGUGGUACAAAGUACCCUAAUUUUCAGUACUUUGUUUGAAAACACGUUUAUCUUCUGGCUUUACAUGCCGCUAUAUGUUAAGACGUAAACACAUGUAGAUCCAUUACAGCACGUAUUUCAAAUAUACUUUCAUUUCUGUAUCACGUUUUUGGACAUUAAUGUGCUCUACUCAUCUUUACUAUUCAUUUACAAUUCUUUCGAACUUCUCUUUGUUAAUAUGUUAGAGUACGUUUCAUUCGUCAUAUUUUAAUAAUUCACGAAUUAUAUCCUGUUAUCCGAUCUUGUUACAAUGUCAUACUACCACUACUCAAGCUGUAGCUAUACCUCCUUUUCACUAAAUAAUGUCAUGUUUCUUGUUCUAUUCUUAAAAGAACUAAAUUUCGAAAACUGAUAUCAUACUGUACAACUUAAUAAUUUUAAUUUACUAAUUAUUUGUUGCAACAUUGAUAUAUAUUUUAGAACAUAAUUCAAACAAAAGUUCUAUCAGAAUCAGAAAUCGCAGUUGUUUCGAUCGAUUCUAGAAAUAUAACUUCUCAACUGGCUCCACCAUUACAGAGGAAAUUGUACGGGACAUGAUAUGUAUUUCCUUGUAUGUAUUUUCAUUAUAAUUUUUCAUAUA